AUGUUUGGAUCUGUGUGUUGCCCGAUAGAAGUUCUACCCACAUCAAGCAGUGCUCUGUCUGUACAAACGGAGUUUGAAAAAUCGUCAAUUGAAAAUGUUAUUGAAGAUGACAACGAAGGAUGGACUUUAGUCACUCGAAAGAGGACUUGCAAGCCAAAAAUAAAGAAGUACAUCUUUUCGAAAAGCAUUCAUUCGACAAAGCCGAAAGUGACGAUGAAACGACGAAAUGCGACAAAGAAACAAAAGGGAGUCGCCACAACACUAAUUUCGUCAGAUUUUCAGCUUCUUCAAGAGGUUCGACAGCCCGUGACAUUGAGAGAAUUUAUACCCAAGGGGUAUUUAAGUGACGAUACUGAUAAUUCCACUUCUUGUAAUGUCGUCAAAGCUGAAAAUCCUCAAGACACACAAAUUGGCACUGAAUUUGAGAAAAAACUCAAAGUCGAUGAUAAACCACCGGUGAAUUGUGCGACGACCAUCAUUUUUGAUGAUGACGAUUUAACUAUUGAGUUCAAGACCCACAAUCGACCUUUGUUUGUUAGUGCAUAUGUUCGAGAACAAAAGAUGAAUCGGAUACUCAUUGAUGGGGGAUCUGCCGUCAAUAUCAUGUCCGUACGUGCUAUGAAAGAGUUAGGAAUCUCAAGUGAUGAACUCUCCCAGAGCCGCCUCAUGAUCCAAGGAUUUAACCAAGGGGGGCAAAGAGCAAUUGGUCUCAUAAGGCUUGAAUUGCUCAUUGGUGAGCUGUCUUCAAGUGCGUUAUUUCAUAUUAUUGAAGCCAAAACCUCUUAUAACAUGCUCUUGGGAAGGCCCUGGAUUCACGAGAAUGAAAUUAUACCAUCUACUCUGCAUCAAUGUUUCAAGUAUUGUCGAGACGGUAUUGUUAAGAAAGUCACUGCCGACGACAAACCGUUCACGGAAGCCGAAACUCACUUUGCCGACGCCAAAUUUUAUCUUCACAAAGAAGCAAAAAGAAAGGAAUCGGUGAGGGAAGAAAGUCAAGAUUCCAAAGUACCCAUUUUGCGGUAUACUCCAAAAUCAAAGAGAGAAGAAGGUCAGUCUUCUUUUAUCAGAAAUGACACAUUAAAUGUUCCGCUCACCAAGAUAGAGCCUGUCAAAAUUGAGAAGGUGAGCUUGCAAGGGUUUGUCCGUCCCAAAGAAGAAUCGGCAGUGGAACAUUACUCGCUACCAACUAAUCGGACUCAAGAAGGUUUUGAUCCAAACGCCUAUAGAUUUCUUGCUAAGGCGGGUUAUAACCCAAAUGAGAAGAAUACAUUGGGCAAACUCCCUCCUGAAGUGACUGACGAGAAGACUCACGGAUUGACACCUACGCAGAAAAUAUUGAAAGAAAAGGGUUAUAAUGUUGAAAGUUCAUCGAUGGGUCUUGGUUAUCAACCGCCCUCUCCUGUUCGUAUAAUGAUCAAAAGAGCGAGUUGUAACUAUGUGAACGAAGAAAUGGAGGUCACAAGCCGAAGGAGAUCUGUGUUCGAUAGGUUGGGAAAUAAGCCAAAGCGUAUUUCUGUGUUUGACAGACUGGGCCCGCAGCCGAAAAAUUUGAAGUCGCCUGUCUAUGAAAGAUUAGGCAGUAAAAAGCAAGAGUACCAGAUUGCCAAGGAAGAAAGUAUUACUCCAAUAAAGAAGAACGGACCAAGAAAGCGAGUCUCCAAUUUCUUCAUGCACUAUGGAGACUUAUUCAAUGUAAGAAUUGAAACCAUUUUUGAGGAACCGGGUCAAGAAAGUUUGGCUUCCUGUCACCAUAUUACGAUCAGUAAUCCCGAAAAAGAAGAAGAAGAUGCAGACGACGCUCCCCCUGAACUUGAGCAAGGGGUAAAAAAUACGGUCGAUGAGCUAAAAGAGAUUAACCUUGGCACAAGCGACGAUUCUCGCCCAAUUUACAUAAGCUCUUGUAUGACUCCUGAAGAAGAAAAAAAGUAUGUUGAUUUGCUGCUCGAGUUCAGGGACGUCUUUGCUUGGAAUUACUCAGAAAUGCCUGGUUUGGAUCCAAGGGUCGCCGUUCAUAAUUUGUCCGUCAAGCGGGGAACAAAACCUGUCAAGCAAACGCAAAGGCGCUUUCGGCCCGAAUUGAUUCCCCUGAUAGAAAAUGAGAUAAAUCGAUUGAUUGAAGCUGGAUUUAUACGAGAAGUAAAAUAUCCAACAUGGAUUUCAAGCAUCGUCCCUGUAAGGAAAAAGAAUGGGCAAAUUCAAGUUUGUGUUGACUUUCGAGAUUUAAACGAGGCUUGCCCCAAAGAUGAUUUUCCUCUCCCCAUCACAGAAUUGACGGUAGAUGCUACAACCGGACAUGAAGCACUAUCUUUUCUCGAUGGAUCGUCUGGCUACAAUCAAAUACGCAUGGCGCCCGAGGAUGAGGAGCUAACUGCCUUCCGCACCCCAAGGGAAUUUAUUGCUAUAAAGUAA